GCCACGUGACAUUCCUACGGGAUCAUGUGACCGAGCUACGUCCUCCUCGCAGCCGUAAACUUUCCCCCUGCAAAUCCCAAACAAACGAACAUGGCGGACUUUGAGGAGCGGCAGAGUCUACUGGGAGACGAGGACGAGGGCUCCAGCGGCAGACACACAGCCGGGGGAGACGGCAGACCGCUGUCGGCCAUCUGCGACCCGAGCCACCUCCUGCACCGAGUGGUGGUCCUGGUGUUUAUGUGCUUCUUGGGAUUCGGAAGCUACUUCUGUUAUGACAACCCAGCUGCACUUCAAACUCAAGUCCUUCAGGAUCUGAACCUGAACACUGCAAAGUUCAUGCAGCUGUACGCCUGGUACUCCUGGCCCAAUGUGGUGCUCUGCUUCUUUGGGGGGUUCCUGAUUGACAGGGUUUUUGGCAUCAGGCUGGGAACCAUCAUCUUUUCCCUCUUCGUCUGUGUUGGACAGGUCAUAUUUGCUACUGGAGCUUUAGUGAAUCGUUUUUGGCUCAUGGAAGUUGGACGUUUUGUAUUUGGUAUCGGAGGAGAGUCCUUGGCCGUGGCCCAGAACACGUAUGCAGUCAACUGGUUCAAAGGAAAAGAGCUAAAUCUGGUGUUUGGGCUUCAGCUGAGCAUGGCUCGCCUGGGCAGCACAGUGAACAUGAACAUCAUGGGCCGGGUCUACAGCGGUGUCGCAGACCUCGUUGGCUCUCCUGGACACACCACACUGGGCGCAUCACUCAUGAUAGCUGCUGUAACCUGCCUGUUUUCACUCAUCUGUGCCUUGGUGUUGGGAUUCCUCGACAGAAGAGCAGAGAGGAUCCUCCAAAAGGAACAGGGCAAAACUGGUGAGGUGAUCAAGCUGACCGAUGUGAAAGACUUUCCCUUCCCCCUGUGGCUCAUCUUCAUCAUUUGCGUGUGCUACUAUGUCGCCAUUUUCCCCUUUAUUGGACUGGGACAGGUGUUCUUCAUUGAAAAGUUCAACUUCUCCCCAGCUGAGGCCAGAGCUGUCAACAGUAUUGUGUACAUCAUCUCAGCCCCUGCAUCUCCACUUCUGGGCCUCAUGGUUGAUAAGACGGGGAGGAAUGUGAUUUGGGUAAUGAUUGCUGUGGUCGCCACGCUCGCUGCUCACAUGAUGCUGGCCUUCACCUUCUGGAACCCAUGGAUCGCAAUGUCCCUGCUGGGUGUCUCCUACUCCUUACUGGCCUGUGCACUGUGGCCCAUGGUGGCAUUCGUGGUACCUGAGCAUCAGCUGGGGACGGCCUAUGGCUUCAUGCAGUCGAUCCAGAACCUGGGACUCGCUCUCAUUGCCAUGGCAGCAGGAGCCAUCCUCGACACCAAAGGAUACCUGAUUUUGGAAGUGUUUUUCUGCAUCUGUAUCUGCUUUGCACUGAUGGGAGUGGUGACGCUGUACUUUGUGGAUUAUCUCAGAGGAGGAGAUUUGAACCGGUCAGCCGCAGCCAGAGCAAAACUCCAGAAAGAAGCCACUUCAGACGCAGAAUGAUGAUGAUGAGGGAACACACAUAGUCCUAGGCUUGGAGCCAGCAGGCUGCACUGUCCAACCCCAGAGCUGUCAAUCAACUGCCAUGGGGCGGGACUGCGCUACUGACUCCGCCCAGUGCUGUCACCUGUGACUCUUCCCAUCAGAACUGACUGUCUGGCUCCAGCUAUUACAUAACCCACCGGGUAUUAAUAGCUUAUUAUAUUCCUUUGAGGACACUGACAGAUGACACAGAUCGACUGACCUCCCAUACUGACUUCUCUGAUAUUCAGUUUCCACAGUGUGUGUGUGUGUGUGUGUGUGUGUGUGUGUGUGUGUGUGUGUGUGUGUGAGCGUGAAAUUUUAUUACUGAAAAGAGUUAAGAUGCUUCAGAAGUGUUUUGACUGUUUUAAAUGUUCAGCGAAAGAUAAGACUUAUAUCCUGUGGAACGGUGCCUAUAAAUAUUUUUUGAUUUUAUUACUUGCAAAUGCAACUUAUAAUAUGGGGUUCUGAUAAUGGAAUUGUUCUAAAUGUAUAUAGGACUUUGUGGAUGUUUUUAAAUGGUUUUAUGUUUCUUUUUACAAAUUGUUUUCAGAAGGACUCUGUUACUUGCCUGAUUGCAUUCAACUCAGCAUUUCAUUUAUGCACAUAUCAGCUGUCAGCAUUCACAAUAAUUGCCAACCAAAAUCUUCCUUACUGGACUUUGCUUAGUGAGUUCAUAUUCAAUUUUAAUCAUAUGCAUCGUUGACCUUUUAUGGUGCAUAAUCUCAGAAAGAGCAUGGCUCUUUAUUGUUUAAAUCUUUAUUGCUCAAUUUUUUUUCUUAAUUCCUUUAUCUGCUCUCGGCUGGUUUCGGAGGUUCAUAAAGAUUUAUUUUCUGUUGCAUCAUCAAAUGGUACAUUACUAUAAUGAUAAGUAAGAUAAGAGAAAGAGAGAGCCACACUUUGGAAAGCAUUUACCCGUGUAAUGAUAUUCACAGUUUUAACUUUUCUUACACACUUUUAUUAAUGUGACCUUUUAAAGAAUCAGUUCCCUUAUGAAUUAUGUUUUGUAGACGGUGUUUUGCUCUUUUAUCAAGCUCAGGUAAUUUACUUUUUGUAAGCACUGCCCCCAAAUUGUUGCUCGCUUCAUUUGAACGAUGAGACAGAAUAUCCAUGCACUCAGUUUAACUCUCACCAUUCCAGUAAUGUAGGAAGAGAUUUAUCUCCCUGUGUUGUUAUCAGGGUCGCAGACUGUGUCUGAUAAACACUCACUACCUCAGUUGGGCAAAUUAGUCUUUGAAAUAUUAAAGGAAUACUUCACCCACAAAAUGAUCAUUCGUAUAUUAGUUGCACACCCCCUGUUAUGUUGGGUUUGUGAAGAUCUUGAUGAAUUGAAGUUCAAGGGGGUCCACGUUUAACAGCAGCAAAACUAUAUCAAAAAAAUUGUUUACAAACUCUCACACAACUCAUGCAGUAUAAUCCAAGUCUCAUUUAUCCAGUUAUAUGCUCAGUACUCCCCAAACAGGCAGCCUUGUCUGACGGGGAGCUGAACUAAAAGUGAAAUUCAUCUUUGCUCUCGUCAAAGCCAGACUUCAUUGACAAAAACAGUAAUUUUGCCUCGCUGAACUCUGGAGCUGCCUUUCUGUUUAGGGCCUCGAUCAGUUAAUUUAUUUAAGUUAUUUUGAGACUGAAGUGUUUUAAAGUUUCAGUUGGAUUCACCAAAGUAACAAAACAAUGCAAACAAGCUAACAGAUGGAGGCAGUGGUAGAGCAGCAGCUGCUGUGUUCUGUGAGUUUUUGUCAGUGGAGUCUGGCUUUGAAAAGAGCAUAAAAAUUUCACUUUCCAUUCAGUUCACCAUUGGAAAUGUAAUUUUUUGGGGAAUACUGAAUAUAUGAGUGGAUAGAUUAGACUUGUGUUAUACUGCAUGAGUAGUGUCAUUGUUAAUGAAAGUUUUGAUAUAGUUUUGCUGUUUUUAAAUUCAUCAAGAAUUCUCCCUGUUUUUCGAGUCUUUGUUCAAUGUGGAGGCCUGUGGGAAAAGUUUUCAUUAAGAAUCAAAUGAAACGUGGUGAGCAAUCGACAUACGAAUGGUCAUUUUGCGGGUGAAGUAUUCUUUUAAGAGCAACUUAACACUCCCUGAGAAUCUUGUUUUUUCUGACAUCCCCCACUUUAACUUUUGUCUUGCUUCAGUGAUGCAGAAGUGCACUAUUAAACUUCUUACUAAACCUGUCAGUGAUGCUGCAGGUGAUGCAGAGAGGGCAGUUCAAUCUGGUGUUAAGUAACUAUUUAAUGCCCAAAUUUGAAAGAAGACGGUCAGUAGCAUUGAGUUAAAGCAUUGUGUUUGCACAUUAACAGCCAGAGACAUACUGCUCUCCUCACCUGUCGCUCAUGUGCACUGUGGUGUUGAGACAGCAGGGCAGUCUUUGCUUUACUGAUAUUUGUGUUAACUGUUGUGGAGCUGUGGUCAAGAAAUGAUACGACUGAGAAAUUACAGAAGAUCCAUUGUACAAUCAAAGACAGUGAGAUUUGAAGGACAGUCACUUAAAGAAGAAACCUUUUUGUAGAACCAAAUCACAUUUGAUACCAUAUUGUUAAUGGAAGAAUGGCAUUUAAUUAAACACAUUUUUUGAAAACA